UGAUUCUGAUUACACUUAAGGCUACGAGUUGAGCUCCGCAUAAUGCAGUGGUUAGGGAUUAGGCUUUCAUGAUGUAAAUAACUUGGAUUGCUCAAAAAAUGUCAUCUGUAGUUUGUCCACUCCGGCUGGUUUGAUUCACAGAGACUGGUUCCAUCUUUGCCGUCCUCCUUUCCUCUCCUCUCAUCUCAUUCUGAUGAUGCAUUGAUGCACAUGACAGUAAUGGUGGGGUUUGAAUGGCCAUAGCUGUAGCCAAUUACUUUGGAAAUGUUUAACAUACUGCACAGUUAUUUCUGGAGUUUCCUCCUGUAGUGCGUUGUGUGUAUGCAUGUGUGAAAGUGGGAGAGAGUGAGGCUGAGACUGUCUUAAUUCCAUCUCUGCUAACACUUUGCUCCAUGCAUGUCCCUAAUCCGCCCGGCCUGUUAAAAGGUACCGCAUCUCCUUGGAGGGCGGCAGAGGACAGCUUACUUCCACAAGAUCGGCCCCUUCGUCUGUCCUUUCUCCCCCCAUUUGCACUUCAGCUGCAUGACCAGACGCCCUCACAGUAUUUCAUUCUGAGAGGAGACAGACGGUUUUUACUCAGUGAAAAGGUCUCAGAGGAAGAAAAAAACCAUCACCACCAGCAGCCAUGAAUGGCACAGAAGGACCCAACUUUUACGUCCCCAUGUCUAACAAGACGGGGUUGGUUCGCAGCCCAUUUGAGCACCCGCAGUACUACCUGGCUGAGCCCUGGAAGUACUCUCUUCUGGCUGCGUACAUGCUGUUCCUCAUCAUCACUGCCUUCCCCAUCAACUUCCUCACCCUCUUUGUCACCGUGAAACAUAGGAAGCUGAGGACCCCUCUGAACUACAUACUGCUCAACCUGGCGGUGGCCGACCUCUUCAUGGUCGUCGGGGGCUUCACGGUCACUCUUUACACAGCCCUGCAUGGAUAUUUCAUCUUGGGGGUCACCGGCUGCAACAUUGAAGGAUUCUUCGCCACCUUAGGAGGGGAGAUUGCCCUCUGGUCAUUGGUGGUUUUGGCUAUCGAGCGCUACAUUGUGGUCUGUAAGCCAAUGACUAACUUCCGCUUUGGGGAAAAACAUGCCAUCGCUGGCCUGGCAUUCACGUGGAUCAUGGCCCUGACCUGUGCUGCGCCUCCUCUGUUAGGAUGGUCCCGGUACAUCCCGGAGGGAAUGCAGUGUUCCUGUGGGAUUGACUACUACACUCCCAAACCUGAGAUCAACAACACCUCAUUCGUCAUCUAUAUGUUUGUCCUCCACUUCUGUAUCCCCCUCUUUAUCAUUUUCUUCUGCUACGGUCGCCUGCUCUGCACUGUGCGAGCGGCUGCGGCCCAACAGCAGGAGUCUGAAACCACCCAGAGGGCCGAGAAAGAGGUGACACGUCUGGUCAUCGUCAUGGUGAUCUCCUUCCUGAUAUGCUGGGUGCCCUAUGCCACCGUGGCUUGGUACAUAUUUGCCAAUCAGGGAACUGAGUUUGGACCGGUAUUCAUGACGGCACCGGCCUUCUUCGCAAAGAGCUCUGCUCUGUACAACCCAGUCAUCUACAUUCUGCUAAACAGACAGUUCAGGAACUGCAUGAUCACCACGGUUUGCUGUGGAAAGAACCCGUUUGGAGACGAUGACGCCGCCACGGCUGCCGCUACCUCCAAAACCCAGACUUCAUCUAUAUCCUCCAGUCAGGUGGCCCCGACUUAACCUGCCCACACCAACCCCCCCCCAGUUCCUCCUCUUCACCGUCCCAUCUGUCCCUGCACACCAAGGGACCCUUCACUGCCAAGCAGUCCUGUGUUGUAUUGGCCAAUCCUCUUGACUUACCUCUCCGUGUGUCUUCACUGCAGUGGCACAGCUACACCUUAGCGGGGACUGACAUGCUGAAGAGCCAGCAUGUGUUUUCUGAAUCCAAUCAAUCAUGGAAAGUGUUCAGCUGGCGUCACAGAGUUUAACCCUGCAUCAAUGGGGCGGUGUCCGCCAGAUGAUCCAACUGAACACAUUCCAAACUCCCCACUGCCCCACACACAAAAAAGCAAACACAUAGUAGGAGAAAAUCCAAUGCAAAAACCCCACACUGCAUCAUUUUCAUGAUCAACUCUUGUUCAAGUAAUUGUUACAGCUAUAUCUCCACCAACAUGCGCUUUGAACAAUCAACUUUAUGAAAUUAUUAGUCGAGAUUAGUCAUGAAUUUGUUUAGAUAUCUCAUGUGUUUUCAGACAGCGCUAUCCUCUGGUCUCUCUGUCGCUCUUCUUGUCUUCAUGGUGAUGAAGCUAAAGGGUUUAGUUUGCUAUUAGCAUUAACUUUGAAAUGAGUGUAGACCAGAUGGACCGGAGAAGAGCUUCUGCAAGAAACUGGAUGCGCCUCCUGCAAGAAACUGGAUGUAUGUGUGGUGGAUGUUAAUUUAUCUGAGUGGAUGUCAGAAUGGCCGUGUGGGUAUUAAAGAGAUAUUAUUUUGCUCAUUGUGUAAAGGUUAUGGUCUUGUGGAAGCUGUUCUGUGUCCUGCAAUAAUUAAAAAGGCUAAAUGCA